ACAAGGUAUUUCUCUCUAAAUCUCAGUCUUCAUUCAGUGCUUUGUUCUUCUUUAUUUUCAUUCAUAAAGAUUAGCAAUAUGACUAAAAGUGAAACCUGUUUACGAGUUUGUUCAAAAAUCCUGAAACCAAAUAAUAUUAUAAAACCUAAACGAAGAACAAACCUCAGUAUCUCCCUUCAAGAAGUUCUCAAAGUUGAGUCCAAGUUCUUGCCGAUAUCUAGCAACAAAUAUGGUGGCGUGGCUCAAGAAGAUUUGGAAGAAUUAUGUGUUCUUGGCCGUGGAAAUUACGGCGUGGUUUACAAGGUACGACAUCGUUCAACUUCAGAAAUUUACGCAUUGAAAGUCAUUCAAGAAGAUAUCAUGAUGAAGUCUGUUACAUCGAACUCUAAUCCUUCACAAGAGAUAGAAAUCUUAACGGGUUCGGAUUCGCCUUUUCUCACCAAAUGCUACGGAGUUUUCGACCGUAAAGUCGGCGAAAAAGCGAUUAUAAUGGAGUAUAUGGAAGCCGGAACGGUCGAAUCCCUACUGAAAAACCAUGGUCCUUUCCCGGAGUAUGUGCUCGGCCAUAUCGCUUACCAGGUGCUGAACGGCCUUAGUUAUCUCCAUGCACGUCACAUAGCCCAUCUGGAUAUCAAGCCUGCAAAUCUUCUGGUUAAUAAAGAUAUGAAGGUCAAAAUUAGUGACUUUGGGAUCAGCAAAAUUGUCGACAAGAAUGCAGAUGGUGACUUCCUUGGGAGCCAAGGAACGUAUGCUUAUAUGAGUCCUGAGAGGUCAGAUUCAGGGACCUUUGGGUUAGGGUUUCCGUUUGCGGGUGACGUAUGGUCUUUAGGUGUGAGUCUGUUGGAGUUAUGUGUAGGGCAUUUUCCAUUCUUCUCGGCUGAUCAGAAACCUAAUACGGUGGAGAUUGUGAUGAAGGUUUGUUAUGGAGAGUUAGAUGAAUUCUUGCCGGAGGAAGCAUCGGAAGAGUUUUUGAGUUUUCUCAGGUGUUGCUUGGAGAAAGAUCCCUGUAAGAGAUGGUCCUCUUCUCAGUUGCUGACUCAUCCUUUCAUUUGCAUGGACAAAGAUCCAAUUCCUUGUAAUUUGCUGGAUUCACUUAUUUGAUAGA